AUGGAUGGAGUAGCUGGGCAAGGCAUGGUUCUACCAAAUUAUAAAUUGGGAAAAACACUUGGCAUUGGAUCCUUUGGGAAAGUGAAAGUUGCAGAAAACGUAUUCACUGGCCAAAAGGUUGCCAUCAAGAUCCUUAAACGUCGCACGAUAAAGAACAUGGAAAUGGAAGAAAAAGUGAGAAGAGAAAUCGAAGUUUUAAGAUUGCUCAUACAUCCUCAGAUUAUACAACUUUAUGAGGUCAUAGAAACUCCAAGCGACAUAUAUCUUGUUAUGGAGUAUGUGGAAUCUGGAGAGCUCUUUGAUUAUGUAGCAGAAAAGGGUAGGCUGCAAGAAGAUGAAGCUCGCAAUAUUUUUCAACAGAUAAUCUCUGGUGUGGAACACUGUCACAGGAAUAUGGUGACUCACAGAGACAUAAGGCCUGAGAAAUUACUUUUGGAUUCUGAAUGUAAUGUCAAGAUUAUUGGAUUUGGUUGGAGUAGCAUCAUGCGUGAUGCUCAUUUUCUUAAGACAAUUUGCGGAAGUUGUAACUAUGCAGCUCCCGAGGUUAUCUCUGGAAAAUUGUAUGCUGGACCCGAAAUUGAUGUCUGGAGCUGUGGUGUAAUUCUAUAUUUUCUUCUUUGUGGCACUCUUCCCUUUUAUGAUGAAAACAUUCCAAAUCUCUUCAAGAAAAUUAAGGGAGGGAUAUACACUCUUCCUUGUCAUCUAUCUCUUGGUGCAAGAGAUUUGAUACCAAGGAUGCUGGAAGUCGACCAAGUGAAGAGGAUGACCAUACCUCAACUCCGUCAGCACCCAUGGUUUCAAGCUCUUCUUCCACCUUCUUUAGUUGUUUCACCACCAAAUACAAUGCAACAGCCCAAAAUGUAG